AUGGCUUUCGCAUGGAAGACCGCCGGCAUCACUUACAACCGAUACCUCGCAGUCGCAGCCCGAACAGUCCGCCGGUCACUGAAGGAGGGUCCAAGAUUACAAGCUGAGAGGCGAGGAGAGAUGGAUUUGCGGUUCGCUAAGUGGCAGGGCGGCAAGCAGGGUGACAUGAAGAAUUUGGGUGAGGCCAACGAGGCUGCUAUGGCUCAGGUUGCAAAGGAGCAAUAA